GCAGCUGUCUUUGGCACACAAUGCUGAUAACCCAAAUGUUGUCUUUUUAGGUGUCAAAUUGCGACGGCGUUCUCAUAAACGUAUUUGGAUCUAUCACUCGGUUUGUGCUAAUUCGCUGAACAGAUUCACAAGAUCUCUUGCCAGCUGAUAGGCAUCGACGAUAAAAAGGGCGGCUAUGCGGAAGCACUAACCUAGAAAAAAAAAAAAAAAGUCUCACGUUGAUUCUGUUACCUUAGCGCGUUAGCCACGCUGCUUUUAAGCUUUGGUUUAAUUCAAACAUUUCAACGAUUGUUCAACCGGAGUCCCUUUUUCGCCAGCUCGGUCUAGACUAGCUCGACUGUUAGUGGGCGUGCUGGUGGUCUGCUCAGCUAAGCUAACGUGAGUGACAGCCCAACCAAGAUUGCGUGGAAGCCGCCGGCGCAGGCAGGUCAAUUGGUAGACGAUGGAGAGCUCCAGCAGCAGCAAGCCAGUCAUGGUGACGUCCUCCCUCAACUUCAAAGUCACCACGCCGUCCUUCUAUAACCAGCCAAAGAAGUUUGCUUCGGUAGCCCCGCCGCGGCCCAAGAGCAUAACGCCACCCUCCGGGCCGUCGCCAACGCCUGUGGGCAUGGGCAUGAUCGGACGUGUGGGAGACAUGCCCCCGCCGCCCCCAUCGCUCUGUGAUGAUUUCCCGCCCCCUCCCCCUCCUCCUCCCAUGGAUGACGACUUGCCGGCCCCGCCCCCCGAAUUCCAGAUCACACCUCUCGCCUCCGACGCCCCCCCGCCGGCUUUUCCGGCUCCGCCACCUGUAGCGGAAGACCUGCCCCUACCGGCCGCCCCUGACGAGACCGCCUGUUUGGCGAGCGUUCCCGCCCCCCCUCCUCCCCCUCCACCACCCGCCCCCACUGUUGGGCACCUUCAGAAAACCAUAGUGAAGCAAUCAAGUCUCGAUAGGCAGAUCGACUCCCUUACGAACAUGCUCUCAGAAAUGGAGACGCAGGGGCCCUUCAACCCAAAGUUGCCAAAUCAGUACUCUACUGGACCGUCACCCAAACCAGUCGGCCCCCCACCAACAGCCCCCAAGCCAUCCCUCUCUUUCCUCCCCCCUCCUGAGAUGGGAGACCGCCCCCCUCCCGCUCCCUGGGCUGAGGAACUGAAAGCCCGGACGAACCGGCAGGCCAACCACAACUCGCCGCCGCCACCGGUGGCCAAGUCCCCAUUUGGAGCAAAAAUAACCACUUCGUCUUCGUCACUGGCGAAGAAGCUCAACCAGAACCUGAACCAGUCUCCGUAUUCAGGCAACGGGCUGCAGAAAACCACUCCUGCAAAGGUCACCGGCACUUUCCCCCCAGUUCCAGUAUCUCCGCCUGCACCUGCUGCUCCGCCGAACAAUAUGACCGCCAAUCACACAAAGAGUCCCCAGUUUGUCAGUCAGAACCAAAACCCGCCCGCUGCCGUGCCUGCUCCCCAAACUAAGACCAUGGCAUCCCCUUCGGCCUCCUCCUUCAAUCAGCCAAUGAAAUCUCCUCCUGCAGCCACGCCAUCAUCACCGCCAGGUCCAGUGUCAAUCAAAGGUGGAGGGGUGCCACUCAACAUGAGGGAAGUGGAGGAACUUGAGAAAAUGACCAAGGACUUCAUCAAAAACAUGGACAAUCACCCACCGGUCGGCCCCGCCCCUCUGACCGACGUUUGCGGCAAGUGCGGCGAGGCGCUGUCCCGCACUCAGCCGGCCGUACGAGCCAUGGAGAAACUUUUCCACUCCAACUGCUUCUGUUGCGUUACAUGCCGCCGCCCCCUGCAGGGCAUGCAGUUCUACGACAGGGACGGCGCGCCCGAGUGCGAGGAAUGCUACAUGAAUUCCCUGGCCGUGUGUUCCCGAUGCGGGGAGAGGAUCACGGACCGUGUGCUGAAAGCCGUCGGCCAGUGUUUCCAUUCGCACUGUUUCCGCUGCAGCACCUGCUCGUGCAUACUGGAGGGGGCGCCCUUCAUCACCGACGACAACAACAACCCUUACUGUGUCCAGGAUUACCACAGGCGGUUCUCCCCACUGUGCGUCAGCUGCAAUGAGCCCAUUAUUCCAUCGCCAGGCAGCGAGGAGACAGUCAGAGUCGUCGCUCUUGACAAGAACUUUCAUCUCAAGUGCUACCGCUGCGAAGACUGCGCUCGCCCUCUCUCCAUAGAAGCGGACGAGAAUGGCUGCUACCCGCUGGACGGUCGUAUCUUGUGUAUGAAGUGCCACGCCAAGCGAGCCAAUUAGACGACUCAGUGACCCCCCCCCCCUUUUCCGCUCGAUUCUAAACCCAAAUCCAAAAGCACAGGUUCCCUCCGGUUCGCAACACAGGGCUUUGCUUCAGUGUUCCGUGUGAAUGUCCCGCGUGAAACCAGGGUGCGUUUUGCAUGCCGUGCCACGCCGCGCGCUCUCGUCUUUGUUCGAUCCACUUUAGUGCAGAGGUAAUGUUCUGCACCGCCACACGUCUCUCCCUGUAGGUUAAGUAUGUUUAUGCUAACGAUGCUCCGCGUUAUCUUGCACAGACCGCAGUCCGUGGCCUCUAAGGUUCGCGUACAGUAGAAUCUCUUUCCACUUUACUCUGGCUGAGAGGACUUGAGCAAAUAAUAACACUUAAUUCAAGCUAGUUCAGCGUUAAACGCAUGCUGUGAGCCCAGCAAAGCUUUACCAGCACAGAUUCCGUUGCGGGGAUCUCAUGUAGCUAGAGGUGUCACCAGCCUGCCUCCGAACAGGACCUGAGAAAUGUUUUUAUGUUUCGUGUCACUUUGACUCGUGAGCUCAAGCACAUAAUGGUAGGCGCCGUUGUUCUGUCGCAUCGCAUUAGAACCUAUUUGCUUUACCUAAUAUUAUAAUAUAUGGACCUUUUUUUUUUUUUUUUUUUUUUUUUAAACUUCAUUGUAAAGACUUUUAAGGUAUCAUGUUUGAGCAUAGUGACCAAAUAUUUAGAAGCUGUUUUAAUUGUUUGGUAUAAUUUGUUUGCCAUCAUUACUCAUUUUUGAGCCCUGUAAAUUGACCUUGAGCUCGUCUUGAGGUUCAUGUAAACACUUUCAUUAUCUUCCAUUAUUCACCUCUUCAACAUGGGUAUUAUUUUUAGAUUUUUUUUUUUAAUACAUAUGUCCUCACUCCUAUCAUGGCAUUGUGCCUUCACUCCUUGCCUCUUUGAAUGGACGCCGGGUUUGAACCAUCACAAUUUAUCGGAGUAUAGUGACUCAGCCUUGCAUGCAUGUACUGUAGGUGUAUUCCUCAAGUGUUAUUUUACAGGCAACAGCUUUAAAUGCCUUUGCGUGCGCAAAUACUUAGGACGAUGCCUGCAUUUAUCCGCUGUCAUGUUGCCUUUUCCUUUUUGUAUACCUUUUUUAUAUCAACCGUUUGGUAUGUGUGAAUGUAUGUGUCUAAAUAAAUACAUUUACCCCCCCCAGCCCAUUCUAAAAAUAAAUGAAUAAAAUGUUG